UUUUUUUUACAAUUCCUGACUUUUAAUCCUAGUAAACAUUCCCUGUUUUAGGUCAGUUAGAAUCACCACUUUAUUAUAAGAAUGAAAUGUCAGAAUAAUAGUAGAGAGAAUUAUUUAUUUCACUUUUAUUUCUUUCAUCACAUUCCCAGUGGGUCAGAAGUUUACAUACACUCAAUUAGUAUUUGGUAGCAUUGCCUUUAAAUUGUUUAACUUGAGUAAAAUGUUUUGGUUAGCCUUCCACGAGCUGUAAACUUCCAACUUCAACUGUACCUGUCAGAUGCAAAACAUAUAGAUGCCAAUGCAAAUAUAGUGCCAACACUGCAGCUGCGGGCCACUGAGAGCCUGAUUUUAUUUUUGGGUCUGGAGAUCCAACAGCCCGGGCUCUCUACUUGGUCCUCGGUGGUCUUCCCCAGAGGCGUCAUAGCCUUAGGGAGCAUGGGCACAAGGGCAAAUGCCCCCUCAGAAUUUAGCCGUUAAAGUUCGAAUUUGGGCACACAAAAAAAAUAACAGUCCAACUCCACCCUUUUCUCAAUUUUCUAACAGAAAUCGGGGCGUGCCUUUGGGGGUUCGUUGACGUCUCAUUCUGGUCAUGCACAUCGCAACCGACCUAGCUAGUUUGUUAGCUAAGCUAGCCAGUAACUCCUCCGGUAUUUGUUGACGUCAUUUCACAGGAUUUGGUUUGAACGAAAGCUGUAGAGAAAGGGCACUUCUUUGGCCAAAUAUCUUACUCAUACAAUUUUGUUUUGUUUUUAAGCAUUAAAUGACCUGAUAUGAUGGUGCAUUGAUCAGCUAUACAGUUUAAAGACGUUUUUUGUUCAGGUUUUUUUCAGGGUAAAACAAAAUGUAAAGGAAUGCGUGUUAUUAUAUACUGAAUAUCUUAUUCAGUUAAUUUAGUUAUUGCUUGCUUUUCUAAAGUAUACCAAACAUGCCAGCAGACAGUUAGACAAACUAGCUAUUCUAAAUGGAUUUAUAGCCUGAAAUGGCUUUUUGGAAGCUAGUUAUGAGGAUGGGAGAUUGGGAACCUAUCUGGGCUUGCUAGCUAACUUCAUACAAUUGCUAGGUGUCUAGGAAUAAAUAAAUGUAUUAUUUUAUUUUUUUUAAGGAAAAAGAGCACCAUGCUUCUUUCUGCAUCCUCCUACUUUGUGCCCCCUCAGAUGUGUGAGUUGCAUGACGCCCCUGGUCCUCCCCAUCUGUGGAUGUGGCUUCCUGCUUCAAAAGUUUGGGAAGUUAAUUUUUUUUCUUCUUUCUUUUUUUACCAGUCCAGAAAGCGCCGUUUCCCGUCCAUAUCUCUAAUAGUCCUCAAACUAUUUCACCCCCAAAAAAACAAGAAAGAAAGAAAGAAAAUCAACAAAACAUGACGUCUAAUUCCAACGUGUCCAACAUGCGUCGACUUGUUGAACAACUGAAACUCGAAGCUAGUUUGGAACGGAUUAAGGUGUCUCAGGCAGCGGCAGAGCUCCAGCAGUACUGCCAUCAGAAUGCGGCUAAAGAUGCUCUGCUGGUCGGGGUUCCGGCAGGCUCCAACCCCUUCAGAGAACCACGAUCCUGUAACCUGUUCUAAGGACAGGACACAAGAACGGCGGAGGAAAACUUACGUUGGAAUCCAAAAACGAUGAAAAAGUGAUCAGGCUGCAUUCAUUUGAAAGAUAUUUGUUUUCUCUUUUCUCCACGCGGCUUUGUCCGGUUUCUUCAAUAAUAUAUAUUAUAUGAAGUAAUAAUAUUUUCUUUGUUUGUAUAUUGGAGCUCAUUCUUUACAUUUGUUUCUUGGAUGUUAGUAUUUUUAGUCCCAAAGUUAUUUUUUAAAUUUUCUUUUUUUCUUUUAAAGUUUGGUAACAUUUAAUAUAAACUUGAUCUUAUACAGGAGGGGUAAAAUAGGUCUAAUGCUGUAAUUACAACAUUGUUCUUUAGCUUUGUUUUGCAUUGCAUCAUCUUAAACUGAAGAGAUGUUUUAAGUCGGGGAUGUUUUAAACUCCUUCCUUUCCUGUUGUUGAGACGUCGAUGUAUAAUGGAAACCGCUUAUAGUCAGUAACAGGAAGCUAGGUCUUCCUGUUUAAACCCACCAGAGAUACUUAAUAAUUCACAUGGAAUUCCAGUUGCUUCCAGUUAAUUCACAACAUACAAGAUGUUGUGCUGAGACGGGGGGGGGGGGGGGGGACAGCCACGGACUGAACUCGAUCGGUUUCUUUUAGCGUCGUAGAAAAGCUGGAACUGAUACCAAGGAGUGCACUUUCCACCCAUAGACGUAUGCUUCCACCACCGCCCAGUGUCAGUAGAGCCCCUGACCACAGGAUGUUACUGUGACUUCCCUUUCCCUUUAACUUAGAUUGUGUCCCAAAUGGCACCUUAUUGCCCAUAGGGCUCUGGUCUAAAGUAGUGCACUCUAAAGUAGUGCACUAUAUAGGGAAUAGGGUUCUAUAGGGUUCU